AUGCCUGAUCGUCGUUUUCGUCUUCUAAUGUUGCCAUGGCUGGCUCACGGCCACCUUGUCCCCUACAUGGAACUUGCCAAUGAGCUCCACGACCGAAACUUCGACAUAUAUUUGUGUUCUACUCCCGUUGUCAUCUCUUCUGCUAAAUCCUCUUCUUCCUUUAGCUCUGAUAAAAUCCAUACGGUGGAAAUCCACCUGCGCCCCACCGGGGAUUUCCCGGAGCUUCUUUCUCCCAGCCGCCACACCACAAAAGAUCUCCCGCGCCACCUCAUUUUCCCCCUCUGCAAGGCAUUCAGAUUGGCCAGCCCAAGCUUCUGCGACAUCCUCGACCAAAUCAAGCCCGACUUGCUCAUCUAUGAUCUCUUCCAGCCCUGGGCGGCGGAGGCCGCCAAAACGCGGAAAAUCCCCGCCGUCUACUACGGCAUCACUGGGGCAGCCUCGAUUGCCUUCACCCACCACUUCUUACACAAAGGAUCAAUCCACGGCUUCCCUUUUCCGGCCGUCUGUAUGAAGCCACACGAGCUCAAGAAUCUGAGUAAAAGCGCCGAAAACAUAGACCCCGUUGACAGAACCGCCAUCCCAAGGGCCUUGGAGGUGUCCACCAAAAUCUGUUUGAUCAACACUAGCAGGGAUAUCGAGGGGAAGUACAUCGACUACAUCUCUGAGAAGCUCGGCAAAACCGCCCUCCCCAUUGGCUCACUCAUCCGAGAGCACGAAAAGAAGGGCGACAAGGAGGAUAGUGAGAUCAUGAAAUGGCUAGACGGAAAACAAAAACACUCAACACUAUACCUUUCAUUCGGGAGCGAGUACUACUUGACUAGGGAGGAGAUUCAACAAGUAGCCAAAGGACUAGAGCUGAGCGGCGCUAAUUUUAUAUGGGUGAUUAGGUUUCCGGUGGGGGAGGAGACUCCCCUAGAGGAGGCACUACCAAAGGGGUUCUUAGAGAGAUUGAAAGGCAGAGGGAUAAUAGUGGAAAAAUGGGCACCUCAGAUCAAGAUUCUAAGCCACCCAAACGUGGGUGGAUUCGUAAUGCAGUGUGGAUGGAACUCUUUUCUAGAGAGCAUACACUUUGGAAUUCCAUUAAUAGCCAUACCCAUGCACUCCGAGCAGUUCGUCACCGCCAGGAUGGCGGUGGAGCUGGGCAUCGCGACGGAGGUCUUGAGGGAUGAAGACGGCCGGCUUCACGCAGAAGACAUAGGCAAAGCGGUAAAGAGCGUGGUGGCGGAGAAGGCCGGGGAAGAGAUGAGAGCUAAAAGGAAGAAGGCGGGGCGCGCAACGCGCGGCACGACGGCGGAGGAAGGCGACCGGGGGGGAGCCGGCCAGGAGGCAGAGGCGGGGCGCAAAGAGGAAGCCAGGCAGGGGAAGGAGGAACGAAGGCAGACGGGGAAACGGCGAAGGGCGCAGGAAAGCAGGGAGAGGGGGAGGGACCGACGACGCGGAACCGGAGGAAGGCGAGAGCGAAGACGGGAAUACGUGCAACAAACCCCGACUUCUGGAAGGGAUGCAUUUAUUAGAUAA